UGUUUCCAAUAUGGCCGCGUCCAGGUUAGAAAUCAAUUUUAUCAGGUUAUUAUCGCGUUGUGAAGCUAUUGCUUCGGAAAAAAGGAGCGAGACUGAAUGGAGGCUGGAGAAGUAUGUCAGUGCCUUGGAGGAUAUGCUGGUAGCAUUGAGAAAGAGUCCAAGCAAACCUACUGCUGAGAUCCUGACCGACUACACACGUAAAGUUGACUUCCUCAAAGGCCUUAUAGAGGCUGAAAAGCUGCCGUCACCUUCAGAGAAAGCUUUAGCCAAUCAGCUCUUGGCGCCAGGUCGCACACCCACCAUCUCCAGUGAGAGGAUGUCGGCCACCAAGAUGGUGCACGUGCAAAGUAAAGCACGGUGCACAGGGGAGAUGCGCUCCGAGCUCUUCGCCACUGCUGCCUCAAGUGCAGGUUCUGAGACAGAGCUGAGACAUAGACGCAGUGUUCCAGUGGACGAGUGCGAGAGUGCGGCUGAGCUCGAUGCCGUACUGCAGCAUCACAACAGUCUACAGGAGAAACUGGCUGAGGACAUGCUGAACCUCGCACGCAACCUGAAGAACAACACACUCGCCGCACAGAACAUCAUCAAACAGGACAACCAGACUCUGAGUCAGUCCAUGCGGCAGGCAGAUGUGAACUUCGAGAAGCUGAAGACUGAAUCGGAGCGACUGGAGCAGCAUGCGAAGAAAUCCGUCAACUGGCUCCUCUGGCUGAUGCUCAUAUUAGUCUCGUUUACCUUCAUCAGUAUGAUCCUGUUCAUCCGCCUUUUCCCCAGACUCAGGUGAUGUGGGCUGACUCAAACAGUGGGUUUAACACACACCACGCACACGGCCGGACCGGACCGGAUCUGUGUUUUUGAUUACACAAACCCCACUGAAGGCCUGGAAGUGACUCGAAAGGAUCUUGUUUCGUUUGUAACAGCAAACAUGGCCACUGUUCCUGCAUCAACACUAAUCCCUGUUCUUUAUCUGCUCCAUUCUCCUGUAUAAUAUUAAAAGUUCUUCAUAAUCA